AUGCCUACGGUGUAUGAAGCUCCUCCUACUGUGUCCAACCCAUUGCCACUAACCUCAUCUCAAAUUUUUGGCAUUAAUCACAUGCCAAAAUUCAUGCAUCCCUUCAUUGAAGAUAUCACCAAUGUGGACGGUGACGGCUAUUGUGGGUACCGUGCCGUUGCAUUGGCUCAGAGAGGCAACAAAGAGGAUUUUGAGCUGAUACGGUGCAGCAUGAGCAGGGAGUUGAGAUUGAAUAAGGAUAUGUAUGUUGCUAUAUUUGGUUGCGAGAAGUGUUACCAAUAUAUUUGUGAUGCACUACUCCCACCCCCGAGGACGAGACAACGUAAUAGUAAUAGGAAUAGUGUUGCACCGAGGGAUAAAUGGUUCACGUUGCCGGAUAUGGGACAUGUCGUGGCCACCAUCUUGGAUAGAGUAGUUGUUCAGCUCUCCAUACAUCAAAACGGCCCUUGUGAAACCUUUUUCCCAUUGCAUUCCAUUUCGGCACCAAACCCGUCUUCAAGGGUUAUUUGCCUUGGCGCGUUACCGGAUCACUAUGUUUUGGUAAAGCUGAAAGUUGGAUGUCCGAUACCCAAAUCAAACAAAUCGUGA